UGCAGCAUAGUAACACUUUUUGAAUUAACUACUGUUAUCAAAUCUUAUUAUCAUGUCUUCUGAAUCAGUUGCGCCGUUCUCCGUCUCUGGCAAGACCGCCAUCGUCACAGGCGCUGGGUCAGGUAUCAACUAUGAGUUCGCUCAGAUCUUGCUCGCAAAGAAUUGCAACGUCGUCAUAGCAGACCUCUCCCUGCGACCAGAAGCCGAAGCUCUAGUCUCAAAAUACAAAGACUCCUCCCCUCGAGCAGUCUUUGUCAAAACAGACGUCACAUCCUGGAAAGAUCUCACAAACGUAUUCAAGACCGCCGUGAAAGAGUUUGGCGACUUUGACAUCGUUUGUCCCGGUGCAGGCGUCUACGAGCCUCAUUUUUCCAACUUUUGGCACCCUCCGGGUUCCGCAGAGUCUAAAGAUCCCCUUGAUGGUGAUCAUUAUAAGCUAUUGGAUAUUAAUCUCACGCAUCCUAUUCGUGCUACGCAACUUGCUAUCUCACAAUGGCUUCACGGCUCCCCCAAGAAAGUCUCACCCGAGAAUCCAAAGCGGGUGAUUCAUAUUUCCUCUAUUGCAGGUCAAUGCCCCGCGCUCAGAAGUCCUAUGUACGGAGCGAGCAAGUUUGGCAUCACAGGCUUCGUAAGAUGCCUCGCAGAAGUUGAGAAAAUUGGCGUUCGUGUCAAUGCCGUCGCACCUGGUUUAGUGCGCACCCCGUUAUGGACAGAACAUCCCGAGAAGUUAAAGUACGUGAAUGAGGGGCAGGAUGAGUGGGUUACACCACAAGAAGUUGCCGAGGCCAUGCUUCUCUGUGUGGAGAGUGACAAGUACCCUGGUGGAACAGUGCUUGAGGUUGGAAAGAACAACACUCGUUGUGUGCAGCUGUUCAAUGAUCCUGGACCUGAUACGAGUGGUCAGUCGAAGGGAGUUUCUAUUAGUAACACUGAGGAGGCGGAUAAGAGUAUUUGGGAGUGGCUUGGUGAUAAGUCAAUUUGGGGUUCAACUUUGUAAUCAUGUUAGUUAGUUUCUG